AUGGCAGCGCCUCCCCCCGCUCAGCAGGCUCAGGCUAGCGCCCCUGCACCCCCUGCCCGUCCUGAGCCCGGAUCUUACGACCUCUUGCACAACGAGUACCGCGGUCUUCUGGCUGCCAACUUUGCCUUUGAGGGCGCUCGCUUCAGCUUCUCCAAGCCCGUCGGCCAGCACAUGCAGCUCCAGCACCAGGUUCACCUCGGCAAGGAGCCCGCCUACCACUUCACUCCAACCUAUGUUGGCACCCUUCAGCAACUCUCUCCCUCUGAGAUGUCGCCCAUCGUCAUGGCUGACCUGGACCACAAGGGUAGCUUGACGGCCCAGAUUGUCUACGACUGGUCUCGUCAGCUGCGCUCGCGCCUGCAGAUUCAGACUGACGGUGCAGAAUACAAGGGUGUCCAGGUUGAAACGGAUUACGAUGGCGCUGACUUUCACGUUGGCCUCAAGGCCGUCAACGUCGACCCCCUCAACAGCCGCGGCAUCUGCGACUCACCCUGCUUUGCGUCCGUAUUCGUAUCCGUGUCCGUGUCCGUGUCCGUGUCCGUGUCCGUGUCCGUGUCCGUGUCCGUGUCCGUGUCCGUGUCCGUGUCCGUGUCCGUGUCCGUGCCCAUGGGACUUAGGGUGUUCAACUACUUGCAGAAGAUCACGCAACGCCUGGCUUUGGGUGGCGAGUGCAUGUGGCAGUAUGGCCCCGGUGGUCAGCAGGCCAUCCCAUCAUUUGGUGGUCGCUACCGCGGUGCCAACAACACGACCAGCGUGACCAUGUCCCCGAUGGGCGUCUUGGAGGCUUCGUACCAGCACGAUUACUCGGACACGAUUGCACUGGGCACCAACUUUGAGCUGAACCUGGCCCAAGCCUCGUGCACGGCCAACGUUGGCUUCCAGUCCCGCUUCAGCUCGGCCAUGGUUCGUGGCCAGGUCUCGACUGCGGGUGUCAUCACCUCUGUUUACGAGAAGACCCUGGCGCCGGGCGUCAACUUUACCGUGUCCGCCAUCCUUGACCAUCUCAAGGGUGACUCGGCCUUUGGCCUUGGCCUCACCAUUGGCCAGAAGCAGGAGCCUUUGGAGUGGGCCAUGGAUCGCGACGCCUGUUUGCGAAGAACGGUGCUCGUGCGCCACGGACCCCGCUUCGGCUCGGGCUUUCUCAUCGCCCCGCAGCUCGUCAUCACAUGUGCUCACUUGGCCUCGGGCACCGCCAUAAGGUACGCUUGGCGACAGCUGCUCACUCACCUUCUGCGCCACCGUUCAAGCCGAAGUGUGCCUCACGGUCGCCAGCUGUUGGGCCGUUUAACUCCCAGCAGAAACACAUCCAAUGGUGGCCACUGGUGCAUCAUCGUUCCGAAAGAAGAAGCGAGCACCGCCGCUUGGCCUGCCACAUGCCUCUUUCAGGAUCACCAGCUCGAUGUUGCUAUCCUGCACUGCCCUGCGCUGUGUGCCCCGGCCAGCGUCCAUAUCGCUCCAACAGCGGCAAUGCUCAAGCUAGCACCCGAGGGCCCCGUGACGGCCCUGGUCUGUGGAUUUCCCCGAGCCCAGCGUGCCAGCGAUGCGCGCCAUGCAGUGGCUAGCCUGGGCCAUGCUGUUCUACACUGCUCACCCGUUACCUCCACUCCCUGCUCGCCCCGCGUUCCGGCCAUGUUUAUUGUAGCUGCUCCAGUCUACCAGGGCUGUAGUGGAGGCCCUCUCUUUCUGGCCUCUGGGCCGGGCCGCUAUCACUACGCAGGCAUCAUCAAUAGCUAUGCGACGGUCUAUCAAAGGGGCCAGUUUGUGGACAAGCACGGCAUGGCAUUUGCGCUUCCUGCCUCCAUCUUGUGGGCCGCGACUCAGGAAGCUAGCUUGAACCUGACAUUGCGUUGGCCACUACCACCCGCCCUGAAUGCAGUUGUGGCACAGCUAUGGGAACAGUAUCCAGUACCCGAGUCCCAUGCUGGCGCUGGUGCUGGUACCGCUGCCAGUGCGAUCGCAGCCAUGACGGUGAUGAGUAAAUU